AUGGAGUUGCCAUUCUCUCCUUUCAUCUUCUUCGAAUGCUUUCUGCUCUUCCUCAUUUCCUUACUCUCUAUCGCUCAUUCCUUCUCUUCAAUCCACCCACUCUGCCAUGAUGAAGACCGCUCUGCUUUACUGGACUUGAAGCAAAGCCUGACUGUAGAAGAGCUGCAUAUUUCUCUUUGCAGUUUCUCUGGUCGAGUUCCUUCUUCACUUGGUAAUCUAACUCAAUUCAGAUAUCUAGGCCUCUCAUCAAAAGGGCUUCUCAAAGGAAAUUCGUCUUCCUUUUCACGGGUGGCCAAGCUCAACAAACUCAUUUUUUUGGACCUUUCUUCCAUGCUAGAUGGUGAGGUUCCCCAGCUCACAAACCUCACCCAGCUAACUCACUUGGAUCUUAGCCGUAACAGUUUGACUGGUCCAAUCCCUUCUCAGCUCAUGAAUCUUACUCAGCUUACUUCUUUGCAAUUGGGAAAUAAUCAAUUAUCAGGUCCGAUCCCAUCUUGGCUUAUGAACAUGAGACAUUUGUCUUCUCUGUGGCUGAGUUCUAACCAACUCACAGGACAAAUUCCUACUCAAAUCAUGAAUCUUGCCAAUUUAGUUGAGCUUGUGCUUUCAUCAAAUCAAUUGCAAGGAUCAAUUCUAAUUUCCGUCUUUGAGCUGAAGUAUCUUGAGCUUCUAGACCUUAGUUUUGGAAAUGCCACUUCAUUGGAGAUGAUGAAUUUAAGCCAAAAUAACUUGGAAGGGAAAUUACCAAGAUUACUGACUAAAUGUACCAUGCUUCAGUACCUUAAUUUUGGUUACAACCAGAUCAAAGAUACUUUCCCUUCUUGGUUAGGCGCUCUUCCAGAGUUGCAGGUUCUUAUCUUGAGAUCUAAUCACUUUUAUGGGGAGAGAGGUUACCUUGAAUCUAAUUCUGAAUUUCCCAAGCUACUCAUCAUUGAUAUGCCCUGCAACAAUUUCACUGGAAAGUUGCCAACAAAAUACUUCCAGGUUUGGCAUUCCAUGAAAAUGGUCAAGGAAGCAAACAUAAGCUAUAUGCACGGAGAUAUGUUUCUGGCCCUUAGUUCAAACUUCACAGCCUUCACAGCCUUCACAGCCUUCACUGAUUAUGAUUACUCAUUGAGACUGAGGAACAAAGGCAUGACCAUGGAAGACAAGAAGAUCCCAAACGUCUUUAAAGGUAUUGACUUCUCAAGCAACAGAUUCGAAGGAGAAAUUCCAGCUUCCCUUAGCAAUCUACAAGGACUCAAUUUCCUCAACCUAUCUAAAAACAAACUCUCUGGUAACCCUUCAACUUUAGGAAACCUGAAACAUGUUGAAUCCCCGGACCUUUCAAACAACGAGUUCUCGGGGGAUAUUCCAGCAAACUUAGUGUGACUCACCUUUC